AUGCUCCCGGCAACCGACUCGGUUCGGUUGGGAAUGAUCCAGGCUGCCGUGGAAACAGCGACAGCUGGACGGAACACCAACAGGAGUUUUUACGCUCAGUCUGAGGUGGCCGGCCGCCGUGUGAGUAGAGUCACGUCUCUUGACGAUCAAGGAGCUGGGGCUGUACCCUGCCCCAACGCGAGUGCGUCCACUUCCGCGCAGCGUACAAAUGAUGUUGCCAUCGCGGCCUCAUCGGCCCCAGAUGAGCAGCAGUCGCAGGCACAGCUGCAGUCGCCGCAAGAGGGGCGGGAGCCACCCAUCGAGGAGAUGGUCAACAAUGCUGUGAUUCAUCUGGAUAAGCCUAUCGAACACAUCCCAGUGAUUUCGCCGCCCGAGUUGAAGUUGAUUGGGCGGUGUGUCACCUUCAUAGGAGACACCACCAUCAACGGCGAGAGCUCUUCUUUUUUCUACAAGGGCCUAGUUGGUACAAUCAACAAGGAAACCGUGAUGCUGAUCCAUGUGUACCGAUACACGGAGGAGGAUUUCCAACUCCACAAGUUAGAGCACAGACAGACUUUAGAAAUCCAUGAAAACUUAAAGUCUUCAGCACCAGAGAGCGCCGUCACGUCGAUGAACAAUGACUUAUGUGAUUUUUCCAAUGGCAACUCGGGCGGCACAGCACGCGAGGAGACUGAGGCGAACCACCACAACAACAAUCUCGACUGCGUGCGCAACACCAUUGAUGCUGAUAAUAUCCAGAACUCUAAUGGAAACGGCUUGGAGUUCGGCAACGAGGGCCUCAGCGUCACAGAGCACCAGGAAAUGCUGAAUUUGCUGAACGAGCUUGGGGAGACCCACGCGGAAGUAGCGGCACGGGUACGCAAUCGUAUGCGAGAGCAAAUGGGCACCAUGGGCCCGAUUCCGUACGUCACCUUUUCUCGAUCACACAUCCACCAUGUGGAGUUUGGUGUUGAUCCGAAAAGCAGCUUUUACUCCAUUUUCCAGGAUCCGAUGAAGGAGCACUUUGACAUGCAGUGCCUACGCAUGUUCGUACGAAGGUACAUUAUUCACACCUCUCAGGGCAACAACCCGCGCCAGGUCCCGCUGCGCGCCUUUAUCACGUCUCGCUGCAACUGCCCAGACCUCAACGACAACCUCCUUGUGAGCGUCACACGCGAGGAACUUGCACACCUUAUCAAAAUCGACCGCGACGUGAGGCGCAUAAAGAAGAAAAAGGAGCAGAUACGGCGCAACGCGUUGCGCGCGUACCGCGCACCGAACGGGCUCUUCCGCCUGACCGGCAUUCUCUUCCUCACCCAUAUGCCUCAGCAAACCUUCACCAUUGCAGCGAUGGAGCUUUUGAUGACGCUGGUGAUGCUCCUCUACAUGAUCAUCACUGUCGUGACAGCUGAGUCAGACAUUAUUGCCCCCUACUUCGCCAAGGUAUACUCAUACGUACUUGCUACAAUUAUUAUCUCGGUAUUGGCUGCAGGGUGUACUUCUCUUCACGCGCUUCGUAUGACACUUCCGAUUCGUGAGCGCAUAUACCUGUCAGUGUUGCGUGUCUUUUUCGCACUGGGCGUCAUUGCCUGCUCCACGACGACGAUGAUCAUCGCAGGUGAACGGGCUGGUUAUGAGAGGUUCCUGCGUUUCGCGGAUAGCGAAGAUGUAGCACAUCGACUGUGCAACUUCUACAGCGUUCACCGGUGCAGUGGCCUAGAUAUUCCGUGUACCAGCAUUCGCGCAGACCUGAGAUUCUGCGACUGCCCAACCAUGACGUACGACAGCUACCCUUGUGAAACGUUUAUAAUCACUUACAUUCAGCGUGGCCUGAUUCCGAUAGUGUGCAUCGCGUUCAUCUUAUUUGCUACCUUUUUCUUUGAUAAUUAUCUGCAUGUCCGUCUCUUCCAUAUUGCGCAUCUUCUCCAACGCCGCUUAUAG